AUGCCUCAGCAUCUCAACGACCUCACCACUAUUUUCCUCGUUUUACUGUUUAUGAUAUCUUUGUUUCCUAACGCAUUUCACUAUCUUUGGACUCUUCCUCUCGGCUACAUCUUCUUCACCCCGCCCACACCUUCAGAUUCCAUCGCCACCAUGACCUGGUUCCAGAAGCAAAUCGCACUGCCGGCCAAGUCGCGCGGCUCGUAUCUCAUCACGGAUCAGAUUGUUUCCGCGCUGCCUGAGAUUCAGGAAUACAAAGUUGGCUUGUUGAAUCUAUUUGUUCAGCAUACGAGCUGUGCUCUUAGCUUAAAUGAGAACUGGGAUGAGGAUGUUAGAGCAGACAUGAGUGACGCUCUUGAUCGUAUUGCGCCAGAAGCUGGUGUCAAGGGAGAGGCAUUGUAUCGCCAUGAUGCUGAAGGCCCCGACGACAUGCCGGCUCACAUCAAAUCAGCACUCAUCGGCGCCAGUGUCACUAUACCAAUCAAGGACGGCAGACUCGCCACUGGAACAUGGCAGGGAAUCUGGUACCUGGAGUUUAGGACAAGCAAACAUCGCCGGAACAUAAUAGCAACCAUUCAGGGAGACAAGGGAGAAAAGGCAUAA